AUGAAGUGGACAACCCACUCCACCCUCCUCGCCCUCUCGGCAGCCCUAGCCGAAGGCGCGCCCCAAUUCGGCGGCGGCGGCGGCCUGACCAUGCUCCGGUUCGGCUGCGCCCAAGUCGUCAUCGACCGGAUCGACCCCCUCGUCAACCCAGGUCAGGUCCCUUCUCCACACGUCCAUCAGAUUGUCGGCGGCAACGCGUUCAACGUCACCAUGCCCACGGACGACGUCUCGUCGCACGCGAGCUGCACGACUUGCCAGUUUGCGGACGAUUUUUCGAAUUACUGGACGGCGAAUCUGUAUUUUAAGGCGCGGAAUGGGAGUUAUAAGCGGGUUCCGCAGGGUGGUGCUGCACUACAGUUCAACGACCAGUUCAGCACCCAAAUCGCGGGCGGUAUUCUCGUCUACUACGUCUCAGCCGACCCAGGCAAGAUCACCGCCUUCAAGCCAGGCUUCCGCAUGCUAGUCGGCGACCCCACGAUGCGCUCGCGUCCGGACACCACCUUGAAGCGGCAGAACUGCUACCGCUGCUACACCGGCCCCAACUUUGGCGGUGAUGUCGGCGCCCCCUGCCAAGACGACAGCGUUGACAGCGAGGCAUUCCCUCAGAAGCCCUGCCCGGGCGGGAUUCGGUCUAACAUUCACUUUCCCACCUGCUGGGACGGCAAAAACCUCGACACCCCCAACCACCAAGACCACGUCGCCUACCCCACCACCGGUCCAGCCAACUUCCUCUCCCUAGGCGGCGCCUGCCCCUCCACGCACCCCGUCCGCAUCCCCCAACUCAUGUACGAAGUAGUCUGGGACACCACCGGCUUCAACGACAAGAGCCUGUGGCCCGAAGACGGCUCGCAGCCCUUCGUUCUCAGCACGGGUGACGAGACAGGGUUGGGCCAGCACGGCGAUUAUGUGUUUGGGUGGAAGGACGAUUCGUUGCAGAAGGCGAUGGAUACAUCCGGGUGCUUUGGGGCGCAGUGCGCGAAUUUGGGACGGCAGGUGAUUGAUACGGCGAAGAGUUGUGAGGUGAAGAAGGCGGCGCAUGAGGAUUAUGAUGUUUGGCUUGACAAGCUUCCCGGCAUGGAGAUGUAA